UGGAUUUGUUUGAAAAUGUUUUAUGUACGAGAACUGAACGAAUGUUUUGGAAAUUUGCAUGGAAUUAUUUCAAGGGUAAAAAUUUUGUGCGAAUAUUAGCAACAAAAGACACAUCUUUGCCCUUUAGUGAAGAAAUUUUCAAAUGUAGCCAAGACAAUAUUAAUAUGACACAGGAUAUUCUAAUACAUGAAUGGAACGAGACACACGUUUCUGGCGAAGUGUCUGUAUUCAAAAAUCGAACAAACCUACGGUUUAGUUUUUGCAACACAAUGGGCAGAGUAUUCAGAAAUUCGUAUAAAUUUAGUUGCCCAAACAGAUCAGACAACUAAAUUCAUAAUGAUCUUAACAGACACUGACUCUGAACAAGUGGAACGAAUUUUAAAAUUGUGCUGGCACAAGUACAACAUGCUGAACGUAGCAAUUUUCCAUAAUUUUGACAAACUGUCGGAUGAGUACUACUUUGGCAUGAAUGAGUCCUUCACGUUGUCCUUUUACGAUCCUUUUGCCCCUAAUAGCACAGAUCGAGGACUUGUGCACGAGUUCAGAAUCGAGGACAACGAUGGUUUUAUCCAAGAAAUUAUUACAAUGAUGAAUGGACGUUUACGAGACGUAAGACAACAUCCUUUAAGGAUCUGUAUUGUUGAAUCCAAUGGUACAGCAUUACCUAUCCAUCAUCCAAACGGUACUUUAUCGAGAUACAUUUUACGUGAUGGCAACAUCAUGCAUUCUUUAGUCCAAUUCAUGAAUUUCCGUCCAAUUUACUAUGCACCUGAGGAUGGGCAAGGUUUUGGUAAAAUUUACGCAAACGGGACACGUACAGGUUGUCUGGAUGAAUUAGAACACGGUAAAGCUGAUAUUUUAGGUAACAUGAGUCCUAUUAUGGACUUAGGACAACAGAAUUCAGAGUUUAUAACUGCUAUUGAAGAAUAUAAAUUUGCGUUUAUAACGCCUUAUAGGCCACCAAAAUUUGUAGUCACUUUUUUCAACAUUUUUAGCCUAAAUUUUUACUUGGUAUGGAUUGCUGUUUAUAUUUUAAUACUUGGUACUUGGUUGUUUAUGCAAAAAACAAUGAGUUCGUGCCAUAGCAAAAAAUUAACACUUGCAGAAGUUGUUCUAAUCACAUUUGGCAUAUCUAUGAAUGUUUCACAACCUGUCGUUAAACCUCUUUACGCCAGGUUGUUAUUUAUUACCUGGGCCUUGUUUUCCUUGGUCAACGGUUACAUCUAUGGUGGCACAAUGCUUGAGCAUUUAACAGGCGGCAGAAUUUCCAUGAAUUUACAAAGGAUGCGCCAAUUGAAGAACAACAAUUUAAAAGUUUUGGUAUUCCACAGGUUUAAGAAUUUUCUAAAAGACAUGGCAGAGUCUGAUGCAGCUCCUGAUUAUUACAAAGACUUGUACAGAAGACAAGAAGUUGUAAACAACACUGAGGAAGCUUUGGAACGUAUUGCGAAACGUAAGGAUGCAGUUUUGAUGUACACAUUUGUUAUUAGCAAAUGUUCAAAAGUUGCGUUCCCAAUAUAAAGAACAUUUGCAUGUUUUAAAUAGUGGACCACCAUCCUGGUAUAGUUCUCAUUUGGUGCCAACAGUGUCACCAUACAAACCAAUGUUUGACCAGGUUUAUCAACGAAUUACGGAAAGUGGUCUGAUGCCGAAAUGGACUGAUGAUGUUCUACAAUGGACUACGAAACGUAUUAAAAUGGAAUCAAGCGAAAAAUUAAGAGCUGGUGAUACUUAUACUAUGAGGGAACUUGGUUUCAUUUUUGAAUCGUAUUUGGCAUGUUGUGCAUUGUCUUGUAUUGUUUUUGGAAUUGAAAUUUUUAUUCAUUUUAAGAAGACAAGACGGCAAAUUGGACUGUGUGGUGAUUAUUCUUUAAUGAUUCAGGAAUUUGAA